UCGGCGGCUUCUUCUCGACGCGGUCGCCACAUUGUAGCAACAUGAAGGGAGAAGGCAUGCGGGGAUUGGCCGUUUUCAUCUCGGAUAUAAGAAACUGCAAAUCGAAAGAACAAGAGAGAAAGAGGAUAAACAAAGAGCUUGCAAAUAUCAGAUCAAAGUUUAAAGGCGACAAACAACUGGAUGGCUACCAGAAGAAGAAGUAUGUCUGCAAGUUGCUCUUUAUAUUUCUCCUCGGCAAUGACAUCGACUUCGGUCAUAUGGAGGCCGUCAAUCUCCUCUCAUCCAGCAAGUACUCAGAGAAGCAGAUAGGCUACUUGUUCAUUUCCGUUUUGGUGAGUGCUGGUAGUGAUCUUAUCAAGCUCGUCGUCCAGUCGAUUAAGAAUGAUCUUGCCACUCGUAAUCCUAUCUUUGUCAACUUGGCUCUGACGUGUGUGGCCAACAUCGGCAACCAGGAGAUGGCGGAGGCUCUUGGUCAGGACAUACCGAGACUUCUGGUGGCUGCUGAUGUCACGGACAGUGUGAAGCAGAAUGCUGCUCUGUGCAUGUUGAAACUUCUUCGUGUGUCGCCGGCUGUUCUUCCACACGGAGAGUGGAGCGCCCGUAUUGUUCAGCUGAUCAACGACAAGCACUUGGGUGUCGUGACAGCUGCUUGCAGUUUCAUUCAUGCGUUAGCCGAGAAAAAUCCGGAUGAAUAUGCUGGAUGUGUUCCUUUGGCUGUGAACAGAUUGGCGAGAAUUGUGACAUCACCAUUUGCUGAUCUUCAAGACUACACGUAUUACUUUGUUCCUGCUCCGUGGCUUAGCGUCAAGCUAUUGCGGUUACUGCAGUGCUACCCUCUUCCAGAUGAUAUCACAUCUAAAGGCAGAUUGAUUGAAGCAGUGGAGGCUAUUCUUAAUAGAUCACAGGAACCACCUAAGACCAAGAAGGUGCAGCACUCGAAUGCAAAGAAUGCCGUGCUGUUUGAAGCGAUCAACCUCAUCAUCCACAUUGACAGUGAACCAAACCUUCAAGUGAGAGCAUGCAACCAGUUGGGUCAGUUCUUGAACAAUAGGGAGACGAAUCUCAGGUACUUAGCAUUGGAAGGAAUGUGUAAACUUGCUAGAUCAGAGUUUUCAAGUGAUGCUGUUAAGAAACACGAAGAGACUGUCCUCUUGGCUCUGAAGACUGAACGAGACGUUAGUGUGAGACAGCGAGCUGUGGACUUGCUGUAUGCCAUGUGUGAUCGUAGCAACGCCAAUACUAUAGUUCAAGAAAUGUUGGGAUACCUUGAAUCUGCAGACUAUGCUAUUAGAGAAGAGCUGGUUUUGAAAGUGGCCAUUUUGGCCGAGAAGUUUGCUGUAGAUUACUCCUGGUACGUCGACACGAUUCUCAAUCUAAUUCGACUUGCCGGAGACUUUGUCAGUGAAGAGGUUUGGUAUCGGGUUGUUCAGAUCAUUAUCAAUAGAGAUGAUAUCCAGGGAUAUGCUGCAAAGACAGUGUUUGAGGCACUUCAAGCUCCAGCGUGUCAUGAAAACAUGGUGAAGGUAGGAGGAUACGUUCUGGGAGAGUUCGGUAACUUGAUAGCAGGAGAUGAAAGAUCAAGCCCGGCUGUUCAAUUGCAUUUGUUGCACUCAAAAUACCCAUUCUGCAGUCAAGCAACGAAAGGUCUGCUGCUCUCAACGUACAUGAAGUUUAUCAACCUCUUUCCUGAGAUCUGUCCUGCUAUUCGAGAGAUUCUACAGCACGAUACGCAGCUACGAAAUUCCGAUCCCGAACUACAGCAGAGGUCACUUGAGUAUCUCAAACUGUCCACUGUUGCUAACAGAGACGUUCUGGCAACGGUGUUGGAAGAGAUGCCUCCGUUUCCUGAAAGAGAGAGCACUAUACUGGCAAAACUGAAGAAAAAGAAAGGAGCAGCUGCUGUCAUCGAGAAGGAUGUACACGAGCUGAAACCUCCAACUGCCAGACCUUCUCAUGCACCAAACGGUCCCGUAACCAUCGCACAAAUAGCCGCCAGUGAGGAAUCGAGAGCGGCCGAAGGCAGUCUGAUUAGCGUCGCUGCUCCUGCCCAGUCGAUGGCUCCGGCGAUGAAUGACAUCUUAAGGGAUACGUUCACAGUGCAACAACCACCUGCAGCACCUGUUGUCAACGCAACAGUGCCAGCCAAUGGACCGUUGUCUAGUCCAGCAAUUGAGGAAUCAUGGAAGAGGUUCUUAUUUAGGAACAACGGUAUUUUGUAUGAGAAUGAAUUGGUUCAAGUUGGACUUAAAUCGGAGUUCAGGAAUAAUCUAGGACGUCUUGGCUUCUUUAUUGGUAACAAGUCACAAAGUCAGUUGACCAACGUUCGAAGUGACGUGCAUCUUCCAGGCACUUUAGGAAAUCAGCUUCGUGUUCAGGCAAAGCCAAUGGACACGACGGUUGACGCAGGAGCUCAAGUACAACAACUGAUCAACGUCGAGUGUUUGGACGAGUUUGAUGAGGCGCCAUUGGUAGACAUACAGUUUAUAUAUGCUGGAAGUCCACAGCGAAUAACUCUCAAACUUCCUCUCUUCUUGAACAAGUUUUUUGUACCAACACAGCUUAGCUCAAAUGACUUCUUUUCUCGCUGGAAGGCUUUGGGAGGAGCUCAAGAGAAGCAGAAGGUUUUUAAUGCCCGGUAUCCUAUUGAUGAUUUCCAGGCAGCCAAGACAAAGCUGUCGGGAUUUGGACCUGAAGUGUUGGGCGACAUCGACCCAAACCCUGAUAACUUCGUUUGUGUGGGAAUUUUGCACACAACGUCAGCUCAGAUCGGCUGUCUCAUACGUUUAGAGCCUAACAAACAAGCGAAGAUGUAUCGCCUAACAGUCCGUUCAUCAAAGGAGGCAGUGUCUGGCAUUCUUUGUGACUUGCUUGCGGAUCAGUUCUAAUGCUAACGUGCUAUUAAUCGUUUUCCUAUACACCGUAUUUACUCUCGCAGGGUAUUGCAACUGGCGGGUCGUAGCUCUUCUUUUGUGUAGCAACUGAGUGUCGUCGUUGGACAAUGUUUGGGGGCAUGGACUGUUGUCUUGCGUCGCAUGGACUUGUCGUUGGAUUUUUGUGUGGUGUCUUUCUUUAGCUGCGUCGUAGACCGGUGGUUUUCAGUGUGUAGAAUGUAUAUGCAUGUAGACCGCAGGGCUCGUGGCAUUAAGUCUAAUUUUUAUAUGA